AUGGCGGCGGGGGCGACGCAACCGGGAGCACCGAAUGCGUGCACCUCCGCUCUGGGGGAUUCAGAAAUACAACAAAGUGAUCAGGAGGGAAGGGGACUAAGGGAAAAAUGGCAAGAAUAUUUGAGAACACACUCAGGGAAUUCUGGACAAUCUGCCCAAGCCGUAACCCUUCCUUCUGAUUUGACGGGGAAAGUAGAGACAAUGUUGGAGACACUGAGGCCUUACAUGCAGUGGGCGCGGGAGGAGAAGAGUGUCCUUAAUGCAUGUUCGACUUUGAAGUACCCCAAGGAUAGAAAGAAAGAAGGUCACAUGAAGCAAAUAUGCCGAGUACCCGUGAUGAUUGUCAACUGGAUGGCAGGAUUAGAUCCGCAGGGAAAGAAUAAAACUCCUACGACUCCUGGAGAUUCAUGGGAGCCAUAUUUAAGGUGUAUAGUAGGGAACAGUAUUAUAUUUAGGAUCUUAAAAAAUAAAUGUGAAGCACAGCAGAUGUUGAAAAUAAUAUCUGAUACAAUGGCAAAGGGGGGAAGUCAACCCUCAGUAACAGGUGCUAAUAGUAUAUGUGCUUGGGUCCGAAUGGAGGAUAUGGAAGAAGUGGAAAACUUAAUUGGUCCUGCAUUGGAUCAAUGGUUAAAUAAUGCAAAGCAGAGUACGCAGAAUGGCGGUAUUAGUGGCGUCAAUAAUAUAUUAGAAUGGGCGAAGUGUAGUGAUAAGCAGAAACAGCAGGAAAAUAGACAAGAACGGAAAUGCAGUAGUGAUAGAAUUAUAGAAUUAUUAGGAGGAGGGAAAUCAGGAGCAUUACAUAAAUUAGUCGAUCCGUUAGCAGCGGCUAAAGCAUGCAUCCAAAGCUACAUAGACAACAUAGACAAGAACAACAACGACGGAGACGGGAAGUUGUGCCAUCGUCUACAAUGUAUAGAUAAUUAUUUGAAGGCAACGGGGGCCGCAGAAGCAGAAGCAGCAGCAAGAAAAACGUCAACUUCCACUGAUAUUUGGAAGGAAGUCCGAACUCAAGUCACCGAACUUGUCACAAACGUAGAAAAGAAUAAUGAUAACACCGAUGCAGACACUCUGUGCAAUGACAUCACAUGCCCCAAUGGUGGUGCAAAUGAUUGUGUGAGCAAAACAACAUGCAAAAUUAUGGCUAAAGCAUUAAAGGAGGUACAUAAAAAUGGGGAUGAUGACACAAAUUUGGGACCACUCAAAGUGAAUAACCCAAUAUUUCGUCCUACCAUUCGUUGUGUAAUGCUCAAUGCAUUCGCAGAGAAAUUAAAACAACAUGCUCAGGGGAAAGGUUAUGCUUGCGCUGUAGAGGAAGGAAUAGAAGAGGCCCUCAAGAAGGGGGAGGGGAAACGUAAGGAAUGGUGUAAGGAGGGGAGUGGUAAGGAGGACGGUCCCUGUGAGCCCUGCGGGAAUAAGCAUCAGGUGUGCACUGCUUUUAAAAUUGGAAGCACCUCCCUGGUGGGGGAAGUGAUGUACGAGUUGAACAACAACACCCCCAAAAUACAAAAAACCUUAUCCACAAUAGAAGGGAAGGUCACUUUAUGUGAUCGUAUGAAUUGUAUAAUCAAACAAUUAAAACCAACGGACUCAUCCAAAAAACAGAAUACAGGCACCACGGACGCGGUCACAUUCUGGGGUGAGAAUGGUGAUGUGAAGAAAUUGUGGGAUGAAUUAGCAGAGAAAAUGAAGGAGAAUGGCGGAUCAGGGAAUGGACAAUGUGGUUCAUUUGAAACUGACGCUGAAAAGAAGGCAUGCAAUUAUUUGCAUGCCGGCUUCAAAGAACUGUAUGAACCGACGACGACGGCGUCGUCGUCCGGAACUGCUAACAGUGAAGUUUUAGACAACCCAUCGUUUAGACAAACGAUGGGUUGUUUUUUACUUCACGCUUAUGCAAAUGAAAUGAAGAAGAAGGCUGUUUGUGAAAUAGAGGGGGGAAUAAAGAAAGCUUUCGAAUUGGGGGGGACUCUUAGUAAGACAGGAACUGCUUGCAAAAAUGGUGGCAAGGGACCUUGUGUCCCUUGCCAAUGGCAAGAAAGCGACUAUGACAAAUGCCAAAUUAACAUAAAAGGCAGUACAACCGCAACAGAGACUGCAAAGGAGAAAGUGGAAAAAAUUAUCGAGGAAGACACCACCAACAUAGAGGAUAUGCUAUCUAACAUAAAUAAAAGGGAUAAAUUAUGUGACCAUAUGAAAUGUAUAGCAACCCACCUAAAUUCCACAAACGGACAAAAACAGAAGCAGAGUGCGGAAGAAUUCUGGACCAAGGAUGCUAAGAAAUUGUGGGAAGAAUUGGUAGAGGAAAUGAAGACGAAAGGCAAUGUAGACGGAAGCGGAAAUGGAGAUUGUAAAGGAUUCGAUAAUCCAUCUGCGACAGUGGCAUGCAAUUAUUUGCAUGUCGCCUUCAAGAAAUUAAAGGAACUUUCAAAGUCCAUAAAGACUGACGGCACUAAGUACCCAAUCCUGCAUAAAGACCCAUCAUUUGCACAAACAGUGGGUUGUUUCUUACUUCAUUCUUAUGCAACACACAUUAAAGGGAAGGCGACUUGUGUUAUUGAUGAGGGGAUAAAACGCGCUUUUGAGUCAUGGAAACCAAGUAAAAAUGGUACUUGCAAUGGCAAUGGCACGGAACCUUGUGUUCCGUGCCAAUGGGAGGAUGACGACUAUAAAAGUUGCGAAAUUACCACAAAUGGAGGCGGUGGCACCACAGAACAAACGGAAGUAAAGCCCAAAGUGGAAGGAAUUGUCAAUAAAAAUGACCCCGACACUGAUUCCAUCAUAAAGAACAUAAAUGAAAUGAAGACUUUAUGUGAUGGUUUAAAAUGUAUAGCAUCCCACUUAAAUCCCUCAAACGGAAAACAACCGAGUACAACUGCGCAGAACUUCUGGACAGCGACUGGCGAAGUUAGCGAACUAUGGAAUGAUUUGUCCAAGGCAAUGGAACAGAAUGGGGGUCAAGACAAGGGAGGUCAAUGUGGUCAAGUGGAUGGUAGUAGGCAACCCACCGACCCUGAAAAGAAGGCAUGCCAACAUCUUACAUUAGGUUUCAACAAACUAAAGGAUCUUUCCAAUUCCGCAACGUCUAAGGGCACUCACGGUAAAAUCCUGUCUAAGGACCCAUUGUUGAAACAAGCAAUGGGUUGUUUACUCCUUAAAGAAUAUGCAAGAAAAAUGCAAGGUCAAUCCAAAUGUGUUAUCGAUUCCGGUUUAAAGAAGGCAUUUGAUUCAUGGAAGUUUAAUAAUACUAAAUCUAAUUGCAGUGGCACGGAACCUUGUGUUCCGUGCCAAUGGAAUGAUACCAACAUUGACAAAUGCGAAAUUAGCAUAAUUGACGCAGCUGGCGAAACCACCCAAAUAGAAGUAACGGAAAAGUUAACACAUGUUCAGGACAAAAUUAACACCACCUCAACUGAGACCCUAAAGAAAAUAAAUGAAAUGUUCACUUUAUGCGAUUUUAUCAGAUGCGCCGGACCCAAAUGGUUCCACAACCACAAAAACAAAAACGGGACUAAAGGUAGCCCUACGCAGACUUGGUGUGACUUUUGGGAGAAUGACGGCGUCCAGCCCGAACUGAAGAAAAUGUUUGACAAGAUCGCCUCCGAAGGAAAGAACAAAACUAAUGGUCCAUGCGAUCAAUUUGGUUAUGGUAAUGAACAUAGUGUUGAAAGAAAAGCAUGUAAUCAUAUCACGGCAGGUUUAGACUACAUUAACCAGAUUUCGAGUGUUGCUACUGCCCAUCAGAACGGUAAUACGGAUGAUGAUAACUUUUUUAAACAAUCUAUGAUGUGCGCAGCACUUAAUCUUUACGCAACUAAAAUAAAAAAAGAAACGGACAAUGUUUGUCCCAUUGAUGAGGACAGAAUAAAACUAAUGUUCACUAAUUGGAAUAAAAAAAAUAAUUCGUGUUCGACCUCUGGUAGUGGUAGUGCUAAUAAUAAUAAUUGCUUUAAGUGUGAAAGAAAAGCAGAUUUUAAUGAUUGCGACCUCCUCGUUGAUGAAGGUCUCAUUGGAAGAUCAACACCAUCACAACCAAAUGGACAAAAAUGCACUGAUAACGGCAACACCAGAAAAGAAGUCCAAACUCAAAUGAAUAAACUUCUCCAAGCAGAAUCCAAUAUGCAACCAACAUUAAACGAAAUAAAUGAAAUGGCCUCUUCUUUUUGUACUCAAGUCCAAUGCGCAAUAAAAAAAAAACUGAAGAACGAAGGGAAACUUCUAAAUGGAACACCACCAUCUUGGGAUGCCUUGAGGGAUAAGAUCGGAAAGGAAUUAACGGAACUUUUAAUUAAUAUGAACGACCCUAAAAAGCAGUCGGACGCUGCCAAAUACUGCAGUGACAAAGACUACAAUUGGUAUACUUUAGGCCAUAAACAGAGCAAAACAAAUAAAGCAGCUUGUUUGCAUUUUGCUGCAGGACUGCAGCACAUUUAUACCCAUGGUAAUGGCCGUGUUAACGGCCCAUCGUUUGAACAAACGAUGGGUUGUUUAUUUCUUAAGGAAUAUGCAAAACAAUUGCAAACAGUGGCAAAUGAGAAGAAAAAAGGACAUAGUUGGGUACAUCCCAAAUGUGACAUAAAGGAGGGGAUUGAUCACGCUUUUGGUAAAAGUAAAGACAUUAUGAAGAGUGUAUUACCUCAAUGCAGCAAAGAUACUAAUGGUAAUAAUUCUUGUUUUGUGUGCACACAAAACAACGAUUAUGGAACUUGCAAAAUUGGCAUUGACAGUGUAAAGGACAAUGUGGAACCACUACUCCAAACGAAAAAAGAACAUAUGCAACAAACCUUAGAGAAUACAGUCUGUCCCAUCCUUCUUACGGAUCUCCUUACCCCUUUUCUUCCUUUGGCUCCUGUCUCUAUUGGUCUUUCUGCUAUGGCUUAUUACCUUUGGAAGUAUUUUGGUCCUCUUGGUAAAGGAGGACCUCGUUUCAGAAGAUCUCCUGGUGAAAUUCCUGGUCCAUCCGUACAAGAACAAGUCCUUGAUCAUGUGCAGCAAGAAGCCGGUCCACAUGAAUAUCAAUUGGUGAAGGAACGAAAACCUCCAUCUGCUCCAACAAGAACGAAACGUUCUGGUCGCGUGAAUCGUCGCACGAUUAUUGAAAUUCAUUUUGAAGUGUUGGACGAAUGUCAAAAAGGGGACACACAAUUGGCUCAGAAGGAUUUUCUGGAACUUUUGGUUCAAGAGUUCAUGGGAUCCGAAUUAAUGGAUGAAGAACAGGUUCCUAUGGAAGAGGUUCUUACGGAAGGGGUUCCAAUGGAAAGUAUUCCUUUGGAGCAGGUUCCAAUGGAACGUGUUCCAAGUUUAGGUUCCGGGUUAAUGGUUUAG